CUGACAUCAAAAACUAAACCUUGCUGUCUCUAUCAGAAUAUUCCGGAUUUCUGUGACAAAUAAAUAUUUGUCGUUUUCUGUAAGGAUCUAGAAAACGCCUAUUUUUUUCAGUGUUUACGGUUAAAAAUAAUUAUUUUAAAGUCUUUUCUUGUUUGAAGAAUAACUUUUUAUAACGAAAAUGGUGGACUACAGCAAAUGGAAGGAUAUUGAGAUUUCGGACGAUGAAGAUGAAACUCACCCUAAUAUCGAUACUCCAUCAUUAUUUCGCUGGAGGCAUCAAGCCCGAAUUGAACGAAUGGAGGAACGUAAGCGUGAAAUCCAAGAACAUGAACAACGUAAGACUGAAAAUAUUAGGAAACUUGCGGAAACUAAACGGAAGAUCGCUGAGGCAGAAUCUAAAGGUGCAAAUUUAGAUUCCUUGAAGGCAGAGCUUGCUAGUAUUGAAAAGGAGCAAAAGGAAAUUCAAGCUAAAGAAGACGACCUUAAAAAGAAGGAAAAGAAGACUCCAUGGAAUGUUGAUACUAUUAGUGAACCGGGCUUUACAAAAACUAUAAUUAACACAAAACCGAAUCGUCCAAAAGAUGAGAAUCUCACAGAGGAAGAAAAAGAGGCCAGAAUGAAGAAAUUUAUCAAAGAAAAUGAAAGUCUGUUAAAGCAAUUUGGGAUGCUUCGUAAAUUUGAUGAUUCCAAAGCAUUCUUGCAACAGCACAGUCAAUUAGUUUGUGAGGAAACAGCAAAUUAUCUUGUUAUUUGGUGUAUAAACUUGGAAAUGGAAGAGAAACAUGACUUAAUGGCGCAUGUAGCCCACCAGACAAUUUGCAUGCAGUACAUUCUAGAAUUAUCUAAGCAAUUGGAUGUUGAUCCAAGGGCUUGUGUCGGAUCAUUCUUUUCUCGAAUCCAAGUUGCUGAAAAGACAUACAAAGACUCGUUUGAUGAUGAGCUCGCACAGUUCAAGUCUAGAAUCCAAAAACGUGCCGCCGAGAAAAUCCAGGAAGCUAUCAAGGAACAAGAGGAAGAGGAACGGAAAGCAAGACUGGGGCCGGGAGGUCUAGAUCCUGUGGAAGUUUAUGAAGAGUUACCUGAUGAAUUGAAAAAAUGCUUUGAUGCACAAGAUGUGCCAAUGCUGCAAGCAACUAUUGCGAAAAUGCCAGAACAAAAAGCCAUUUACUACAUUAAAAGGUGUGUCGACGCCGGUCUGUGGGUCCCCGGAAAGAAUGAUGAAGAACCUACAAUGAAAGCGAACACUUCAGAACAAGAAUCAACACCGUCAGUGAGCACUAAUGAUGUGGACUGAUUUUUAAUAAAACCUUAACAUAAUAUAAUCCACUUUAACCCAAAACAGUAGUCGUAACAAAUGAAAACAACUGGCUGUUUGUAAAACCACUGCCGUUCAUUAAUGUAAUUAUGAGAUUAUUUGACAAAGAAUUAGAUUUCAACAUCAAAAUUAAAGGUCAGAGUACUGUUUUAAAUAAUUUCAAUCACCCAGAGUAACACCAACACGUUUCAUCGCUUGCGACCAGACGGUUGCUUUAGUGCCUAAUAUUUUCAGACAUUAAGAGUAUUUGAUUGUUACUUCCUUAGUAUUAACAGGCAACACUUUCAUUAUUUCAUAUUAUGUCAAGUGAUAUGUGAAUAAUAAAAAUUGUCUGAUAUUUUAA